GUAUGAAACGAAUCUUACCGAGUGAGGAGGCGGAAUAACAGCUGAGCCCGGAAUGUACGAGAAGGUGCGACAAGCACGAAGAAGAUACAAAGUUAGUUAGUAGUCCGAGAUGUACUCUUACCCGUGAGGUGACGCCGUGUCUGUUUAGUUGUUACUAGUAGUUAUUUACAAUGGCCGUGGCGAGACUCAACGAGCUCACGCAGAAACAGCGCUUGGUGGUUCGAUAUGAGGACGUUGGAUGUGUCGGCCUCGAUCACAUUAAAACGUUUACCGUGAGAGCAGUGGUGGACGGUAAGCCGUAUCCUGAUGGUGUGGGGAAGAACAAGAAGGAAGCCAAACUGAACGCAGCUGCAAAUGCCCUGACAGUCCUGCUGGAGGAAACAAUUGACCCUACAGAAAAUGCAACAGAAGCUUCCACUGCAUCAGCUGCUCAGACCGUUCUCUCUCAAGGCAACUAUAUGUGUUGGCUCAAUGAGUACAGUCAAAAGAACAGGAUGAUGAUCAGGGCUGUGGAGUCGACCCAACUGGUACCAAAUGGUCUUUCACUAUGCUGCUGCUACUUUGUGGUUGGUGAUAAGGAGUAUCCAAGGGCCACUGGGAAAACAAAGAAGGAAGCUAAGGAGGAAGCAGCAAAGCUUGUAUUUCAACAGAUACAUGGCAUUGAAACCACAGAGGAUGUUGUCAAAGACCAGAAUACAGGAAAUAGUCAAAAUGAAACAUCCAUCCAGUCAAGUUGUGUGGAUCCCAGCAGGUUUACGUCAAAGUUUGAAGACAUAGAGUGGCUUGCCAAGGGAGUGUUUGGUGAUGUUUACAAAGCAAGAGAAAAACUGCUUGAAAAGUAUUUUGCUGUAAAGAUUGUCCGCUCUGAAACGAAAGCUUUUCGAGAGGCUGACACAUUAUCAGACCUCCACCACAAUAAUAUCGUCAGGUACUUUACGUCUUGGAUGGAGGAUUCAAAAUACCAGGGGAAUCCUGAAUCCACUGACAGCUCGGCUGAGAGUUCAGCUGGCUACAGCUCUUCCCAGUCAACAGAUGAUUCAGCUGCAAAGUACCUCUAUAUUCAGUUGGAGUUAUGCGACACCAAAACGCUAAAGGAUUGGAUUGGCCAGAAGAACAAUGAGUCUGUGCAAGACUCCAAGAGAAGAGAAGAAGGUCUGAGCAUCGCUCAGCAAAUCGUUAGUGGAGUCGAAUAUAUUCACUCCAAGAGGCACAUCCACAGGGACCUUAAGCCUCCAAACAUCCUGUUUGGUCUGGCUGGAGGAGUGAAGAUUGGGGACUUUGGUCUGGUCACCACUGAUGAUGAUGAAGAUGCUUUGAUUGACAGAACAGCGGACAGUGGAACCUGUCCUUACAUGGCUCCCGAACAGAGUAAGAAGAACUAUGACCGUAAAGUGGACAUAUUUGCUAUGGGGUUGAUCUUCUUGGAAAUCCUUUGGAAAGUGUCUUCUGGCCACGAAAGAGCAGAGAUUUUUAGGGAUGCCAAAUGCCAGAAGCUCCCCACAGAGUUUUUACAGACUUAUCCCCAAGAGAUGCUAAUCAUUAAGUCAAUGCUGCGCGAGAAUCCAGAAAAACGACCUGAGGCGACUGAAGUGAAGGCAGAACUGGAGAAGUGUGUGAGCACGUUCAACGCACAAAGCCUUCCCCAAAGAAACGCAACUGUCUGAUGAUCACAAGAAGUUCUGAUGAGUCUUAAGAGUGGAUGGAAAACAGUGUGGGAUUUUAUCCAAUGAUCGGAUUAAUUGUUGGUGGGUAAACGGUUAUCGUCCUGCACUGUGUAACCUGAAUGUUGACUGAUUUUAAACUUAAUGUCCAUUUUGAAGAGAUGCUGCUACACGUAACGAGUGAACACUGACACGCCGUCUGUGACGCUAGAAAAGUACCUGGAGCCUCAUAGCGUGAAGCUGUGAGAACCUUUUACGCAUUGUUCAACAUGCCGACGUGAGGUCAAACCAUUAACUAUGAAAUUAAUGUCCAAGUUAUUAUCAUUAUAAUUAUAAGGUUCACAAUCAGGUGAUGAAACGUGAUUUAAUCAUUUUUAACCAGGAAAUGGUAACUUUGACAUGAAUUCACAUCGGUUUAGCUUUUCAUUCUACCUGAUCAUGUACCUUCCCUUUCCAAUGAUGUCACAUUACAGCCUUCGCUUUGUGUUAUUUCUUUCUUUUUCUAAUUUUAAUCUGUAAUUCUUUGCACUAUUUCUAUGCUGUUGAAAGUUUACAGAGCGGUCUCACAUGUGUCACCAUGCCGGGCCAAUAAAGACUAGUGUGAGUGUAAGUUUUAUUUUAUAGGUUGUCAGGUAAAUCUUAAAAAUGACUGUUCCCAACGUCCUUUCCUAACAGUAUUAAAGUCGAGCCAUCCUGUUGUAUCGGUUGCUGUGACUGGAGAUUAAAAUAACCAUUUAGCUCUUUAGCCCGUCUGCUGUCACAGUAUGACACCACCCUCAUUGGACUCAUGUCGGGGAGAGACGAGUCCGCCGACAGGUCGGUGAUUGGCUAACUGGUGACGUGGUGCAGAUGGAACAACCUGCAGCUCAACGCUCCGAAGGCAGUGGAGACGGUUGUGGAUUUCAAAAGCAACGCAGCCCUUCCGCUUCCUGCGGCCCGUCAUAUCUCAGGACCUCAAGCGGGAGCCGAACAACAGAACCUCUGAGGCGGGCAAGAAAUAUUGUAGCCGACCCGCCGCAUGAACCAAGUCCGAGUCCCCCACUGAACCAGACAUUACAUGCAGGACAUUUGCACAGAGAUUUCUCACCAUGGAAAGAUUUGUACUUUGUUUUACCGAACUGAUCUGUUUAUAUUGUUCGUUUUCUCUUCUUGUUUUACUUUAUCUUGUUUUAUUCUUAUAUCGCACCAAUCACCAAGACACGUUCCUCUGUGUGUAACACACCUUGCAAGAUUUUCAUCC